AUGGCAUGGCAGCCAGACCAAGAGCCGUUGCGCCAGUUAUCAGGAUGCCUCCGAGACACGCUGAGCGGGCAUAACAAGACUGCUCAAAAGCAGGCAGAGAUUAUGCUUGCUCAAGCAAAGACUUCUCCGGAUAUCAAUAACUACCUCACAUAUCUUUUCUCCAGCUCGGAGGUCCCUCCAGGCCUUACUUAUACCGCGGAUGAAUAUCACGCCGUUCGGGCCGCUGCAGCUGUAAUGCUAAAGAACAACAUCAAAACAGGAUAUAAAUCGAUUCCGCCAAAUAGUCUUGCUCUUGUUCGCUCAUCAGUACCUUUGGCCUUGCAGGAUAAGAGCUCAUCUAUAAGGAGCUAUGCCGGAAAUGUGAUAACGGAAAUUGUUAAAUGUGGUGGCAUUCUAGGAUGGCCAUCUAUUUUAUCGGAACUCAUUACAUUGAUUGGAAACGAGCCAGGAAACGUGACACCCGAAGGUCAGGAGGGCGCAAUGGCUGCGCUGUCGAAAAUCUGUGAAGACAACAGGAAAAUGCUAGACAGGGAAUACCAGGGGCAGCGACCGCUAGCGUUCAUCAUUCCAAAGCUUGUGGAAUUUACCGUUCACGAGAGGCCAAAAGUACGAUGUUUGGCUCUCGGUACUUUGAACGUCUUCAUCCCACAUAAACCUCAAGCGUUAAUGAUCUCUCUUGACGCUGUUCUUAACUCUCUGUUCCAGCUAGCAAACGAUCCGUCGCCUGAUGUGAGGCGGCAGGUAUGUCGAGCUUUUGUACAAAUCGUCGAAAUCCGACCUGACAAGAUUCUGCCACAUAUUGCGGGCCUUGUUGAAUAUAUGAUCACACAGCAGCGAAAGAUCGAGGAUGAAGAGUUAGCUUGUGAUGCUGCUGAGUUUUGGCUCUCGGUCGGCGAGCACAGAGAAAUUUGGAAGUCUCUUGCACCUUAUCUCGACAAAAUCAUCCCUGUUCUACUAGAGAGCAUGGUUUAUAGCGAGGAAGACAUUGCUAUGCUAGAAGGAGGUGGUAAUGAUGCAGACGUGGAGGAUCGCGCCGAAGAUAUCAAGCCUCAGUUUGCCAAGAACAAAAGUACAAGAACUUUGGCUAAUGGAGAAGACGGAGAUGAUACGACACAAAAUGGAGCUGGCGGAUACAAGAAACUUGAUGAAUCUGAUGAUCUGGAUGAAGGGGAGAUCGAGGAAGACUACGACGAUGAUGAUGACGACGAUGGAAACCCUGAAGAUCGAUGGAAUUUGAGAAAGUGUUCUGCAGCAGCGCUUGACGUUUUUGCAACAGACUUUGGGGGACCGGUCUUUGAAACAAUUCUUCCGUACUUAAUGACGAAUUUGCGUCACGAAGAGUGGCCGUAUCGUGAAGCGGCAGUGUUGGCACUGGGUGCUGUUGCAGAAGGAUGCAUAGAUGUAGUCACACCACAUCUGCCAGAUUUGGUUCCUUACCUCAUUUCGCUGCUUAACGACCAAGAACCACUAGUCAGACAAAUCACUUGUUGGACUUUGGGAAGAUACUCUGCGUGGGGUGCCAGCCUUGCCACUCCAGAGCUCCGUGCUCAAUUCUUUGAGCCCAUGAUGGAAGGUAUUCUCACCAAGAUGCUGGAUGGCAACAAAAGAGUGCAAGAAGCUGGUGCGUCAGCAUUCGCACAUCUUGAAGAGAAAGCGGGCGCAACGUUGACGACCUAUUGCGAGCCCAUCAUUCGUCAAUUUGUCCAAUGCUUUGAAAAGUACAAAGACCGGAAUAUGUUCAUUUUAUACGACUGCGUGCAAACUUUAGCUGAGCACGUAGGCCAUGGCCUCGCACAUCCCCAGCUCAUCGAUUUAUUGAUGCCAGCUCUCAUUCACCGAUGGCACAAGGUAUCAGAUCAGUCGCGGGAGCUUUUCCCAUUACUGGAGUGUCUGUCUUAUGUCGCCACCGCUCUCGCCGAACACUUUGCGCCAUUUGCCCAGCCAGUGUUCACCAGGUGUAUCAAGAUCAUCCAUCAAAACUUGCAAGAAUACAUGGCCGCGGUUAACAAUCCAAGAUUAGAUACCCCUGACAAGGACUUUCUCGUAACGAGCUUGGACCUUCUAAGCGCUAUUGUACAGGCCGUCGAUGAUAAACAGUCCGCAGCGCUCGUAUCCGACUCCCAACCUCGAAUAUUUGAGCUACUCACAUUCUGUAUGGAGGACCCAGAGAACGAGGUGCGCCAAUCAUCAUACGCACUGCUUGGUGAUUGCGCUAAGUAUGUUUUCCCGCAACUGCAACCUUUCCUGCCGACCCUUCUUCCAAUUCUCAUCCAGCAGCUUGACUUAGACGCUAUCCUGGAUGAGCAAAUCGAGACAGGGUUCAGUGUUGUGAACAAUGCCUGCUGGUCUGCGGGCGAGAUUUCUAUCCAAUAUGGCAAGGAAAUGGCACCGCACAUCGAGAAAUUGAUGCGUCGUUACCUUGCAAUCAUGGGGAAUCCAGAAGUACCAAAAUCAGUACUAGAGAAUGCUGCGAUAGCUCUGGGACGUCUCGGCCUAGAAAAUGCCCCACUGAUGGCACCAGCACUUUCAACUUUUUCGGAGCCUUUCCUCAAGUCCAUCAAUAGCGUCGACUACACCUUAGAAAAAGCCACUGCUAUGAAGGGUUUCUGCCUCGUCAUCAUCAGUAAUCCCCAGGCCAUGGAAAAAGACCUGGCACGACUUUUCACUGUCAUAGCUCGAUACAAAAUGGAGGAGGCCUAUAAGACACCGCUGACUGCUGAUCUGCAGCAGAUCUUCCAGCACACUCUAGACGUUUAUAAGUCUCUUAUACCCGAUAUGAACGCCUUCCUUACCAGCUCUGUCGCCCCUGCGGACGUGAGUGCCUUACGUUCGAUAUACAACAUGUAA